GUGCUUUGCUUCACCAUGCUGGGGCUGGGCUGCACGGUGGAUAUCAGCCAGCUCGGGGAGCAUGUCCGCAGACCCGUCGGGGUGCUGCUGGCCCUGGUGUGCCAGUUUGUCAUCAUGCCCUUGGUGGCCUUUCUGCUGGCUUUGGCCUUCUCUCUGGACGAUGUGGCGGCGAUGGCUGUCCUCCUCUGUGGCUGCUGCCCGGGAGGAAACUUAUCCAAUAUCUUGUCUCUGCUGGCGAACGGGGAGAUGAAUCUAAGCAUCAUCAUGACCAUCUCUUCCACUCUGCUGGCCCUGGUGCUGAUGCCGCUGUGUCUGUGGAUCUACAGCCGGGCCUGGAUCAACACACCUGUGGUCAACCUGAUGCCCUUCGGGGCCAUCAUCCUGACCCUGUGCAGCACCCUCAUCCCCAUUGGUUUAGGAGUAAUGCUGAGGUACCGCUACUCGCGUAUGGCCGACAUUGUUUUAAAGGUCUCCCUCUGGUCUCUGCUGGUCACCCUGGUGAUGCUGUUCAUCCUGACGGGGGCGAUGCUCGGCCCGGAGCUGCUCUCCACCAUCCCUCCCUCCGUCUACGUGGUGGCCGUCCUGAUGCCCCUCUGUGGCUACGCCGCGGGCUACGGCCUGGCGGCGCUCUUCGACCUGCCGCCCAGCAGCUGCCGGUCCGUUUCCCUGGAGACGGGAUGCCAGAACGUGCAGCUGUGCACCGCCAUCCUGAAGCUGGCGUUCCCUCCUCAGCUGAUGGGAGGGAUGUACAUGUUCCCUCUGCUGUACGCGCUGUUCCAAGCGGCCGAGGCCGGCGUCUUCAUCUUGGCCUACAGGAUGUACAGGAAGAAGGUUCUGCACAAACCGGACCCCACGGGGGACGGCGAGGACAUGACGUACCAGAGGUUUCAGGACGACGAGGACAUUGACUCGUCUUACGGCGCCGUCACAGUGAGCGACCCAAACACCAUCAUGUUGGACCCUUGUCCUCCAGAUCCCACUCCGGUUUGAUGUGCAGAAUAAAUGUUAAUAAAAUCACCUCCGUACUGCAGAUGUUAAACCUGUGGAGUGGAUCCAUCGUUAUGAUCCAUCGUUAUGAUCCAUCG